AUGGGCCAGAAACGAGGAAAUGAUUCAAAGCCCCAGGCAGUGGAGUCGAAGAAACGCAAGAAGGGCAGCAAGCUUGGCUUGACUUCGAGCGAUGGAGCCUGGGACGGCUCCGUGGAUGUCGACCAACUUAACUGGAAAGAAGUCGCUCUGCCUGAUCGCAUGGCAGAUGUUGGAGGAUUCUUUGGCCUCGAAGAAAUUGAUGAUGUCGAGAUCAUUCGUCCUAAUGGGAAGGGUGAAGUCCAGUUCAAGGCGAAAGCAGGCAAGCCGAAGAAUUCGAUCUUGAAAGACCCUUCCAAGGAGCCCGUAACUCAUGAAGAAUGGGACGGCUUCAGCAAUGACGAAUCAAACGAACAGCCAACUACUUCUGACAAGUCCGCAGAACCGGAGCCUGCUCGAGACAGCAGUUUCAAGGCUGGGCUCUCUUUCGCAGCACUCGAGGAUGAUGCGGACGAUGAUGGGAUGGAUGUAUCAGCCUGGGAUAAAUUGGGUCUCUCGCCUAACGUUCUGACUGGUCUUUCCAAGAUGAAGUUCUCCACACCUACUACGGUCCAGAAAUCGUGCAUUCCUGCCAUCCUUGAAGGGCACGAUGUUGUCGGUAAGGCGUCGACUGGCUCCGGAAAAACACUCGCCUUUGGUAUCCCAAUUCUCGAAUAUUAUCUGGAGAAAAGACCGACGGAGGAAGACAGCAAAGAGAAGAAGCCUUCAUCACCAAUGGCACUCAUUCUCUCUCCUACUCGCGAGUUGGCACAUCAACUAGCUAAGCACAUUGGAGAUCUGAGAGACAAUUCCCCUGGUUUAGAUGCACGGAUUGCGCUGUUGACAGGUGGAUUGUCUAUUCAAAAGCAACAGCGGCAGCUUGCCAAUGCCGAUAUCGUGGUCGGCACACCUGGUCGAGUUUGGGAAAUCCUGAGCAGCGGCCAAGGUCUCAUUCGCAAGAUGCAGCGGGUUCAAUUCUUGGUGGUCGAUGAAGCAGAUCGGCUUUUGAGCGAAGGCCAUUUCAAAGAGGUAGAGGAGAUCAUCGGUGCCCUAGAUCGACAAGAGCACAAUGACUUCCCUGACGUCGAGGAAGAAGCUGCAGCUGAAGAUGAUCUAUCUUCUCGACAGACUCUCGUUUUCUCUGCAACGUUCCAUCGUGAUUUGCAGCAAAAAUUGGCUGGCAAAGGCCGUUGGACCACGGGCGAUUUGAUGGACAAAAAAGAGUCUAUGGAAUAUUUGCUAAAGAAGCUUAACUUUCGGGAAGAAAAACCCAAAUUCAUUGAUGUCAACCCCGUGCAGCAAAUGGCAGAAGGUCUUAAGGAAGGCAUUGUGGAAUGUCCUGCUAUGGAAAAGGACUUAUAUCUCUACUCUCUUUUGCUUUACCACCCCAAGCAUCGCACGCUCGUCUUUACCAACUCUAUCUCUGCUGUCCGUCGCCUCACGCAACUCUUGCAGACUUUACAAAUGCCCGCCCUCGCCCUUCAUUCUUCUAUGGCACAAAAAGCACGACUGCGCUCGGUAGAGCGAUUCUCUUCUCCGAAGUCCGACCCAAGCUCUAUUCUUGUUGCAACUGACGUUGCUGCUCGCGGUCUCGAUAUCAAGGGCAUCGACUGCGUGGUCCAUUACCACGCUCCGCGCACGGCAGACGCAUACGUCCACCGAUCUGGUCGUACUGCUCGUGCUGGUGCUGUCGGUAAAAGCAUCAUAAUCUGUGCUCCUGAUGAAGUCGUCAGUGUUGCUCGCCUUGCUGCCAAGGUACAUGCGUCAAACCCGAACGUAUCUGCGAAGAAGUUGCCUUUGCAGUCCAUUGAUAUUGACCGACGGGUUGUCUCACGCGUCCGACCACGGAUCAAUCUUGCCAAGAAAAUCACCGAGUCCAAUAUUGCCAAAGAGAAGGUUUCCGCCGAAGAGAACUGGUUACGUGAAGCAGCCGAUGAUCUGGGCGUUGACUACGACAGCGAAGAAUUCGAUGAGUCUCAAGGCAAGGGCCGUGGCCGUGGUGGUGGCCGUCACCAGCGGGAGAAGAAAGCUAGCAGUAUCACAAAGGGCGAACUGGCGAGUCUACGAGCGGAGCUGAAACAACUGCUCUCCCAGCGCGUGAACAUCGGCGUGAGUGAACGAUACCUUACAGCUGGCCGAGUCGACAUCGAAGCUCUCCUUCGGGGAGAAGGCAAUGAGGCCUUCUUGGGAAAUCUUGACCCCCUCAAAUUCUAA